AUGCCUAAGAAUAGCAAAGUGGUAAAAAGAGAUUUAGACGAUGAGGUCAUUGAGUCUGUCAAGGACCUUCUGUCCAAUGAAGAUUCACCUGAAGAUGCUUUUAAGAAGAGUGAACUGAUUGUUGAUGUUCAAGAGGAGAAAGAUACAGAUGCUGAAGAUGGAUCUGAAACUGAUGACGAAAGACCAGCUUGGAACAGCAAGCUGCAAUACAUUCUGGCUCAAGUUGGAUUUUCUGUAGGUCUGGGAAAUGUGUGGCGAUUCCCAUACCUAUGUCAGAAGAAUGGCGGUGGUGCAUAUCUUUUACCAUAUUUAAUACUACUUCUGGUAAUAGGAAUUCCCCUCUUUUUCCUGGAACUUUCGGUGGGUCAAAGAAUUCGGAGAGGCAGCAUCGGGGUUUGGAAUUACAUAAGCCCUAAACUGGGAGGGAUUGGAUUCGCAAGCUGUGUAGUGUGCUAUUUUGUGGCUCUUUACUACAACGUCAUCAUUGGCUGGACGUUGUUUUACUUUUCUCAGUCUUUUCAACAACCUCUUCCUUGGGAUCAGUGCCCCCUGGUGAAAAACACAUCGCACACUUAUAUUGAGCCCGAAUGUGAAAAAAGCUCUGCCACCACCUACUACUGGUACCGGGAAGCCCUGGAUAUCACCAGCUCCAUCUCUGAAAGUGGAGGCUUGAACUGGAAGAUGACUGUCUGCCUGCUGGCUGCCUGGGUCAUGGUUUGUCUGGCCAUGAUCAAAGGCAUUCAGUCUUCUGGAAAAAUCAUGUAUUUUAGUUCUCUGUUCCCUUACGUGGUACUUGUAUGCUUCCUAAUCAGAUCCCUGCUAUUAAAUGGUUCAAUUGAUGGCAUCCGACACAUGUUCACCCCUAAGCUGGAAAUGAUGCUGGAGCCCAAGGUGUGGAGAGAGGCAGCCACUCAGGUCUUCUUUGCCUUAGGUCUGGGAUUUGGUGGAGUCAUUGCCUUUUCGAGUUAUAACAAGAGAGACAACAACUGCCACUUCGACGCGGUCCUUGUGUCCUUCAUCAAUUUUAUCACUUCUGUCCUGGCCACACUGGUGGUGUUCGCAGUGCUGGGGUUCAAAGCCAAUAUUGUAAAUGAAAAAUGCAUUUCACAAAAUUCCGAGAUGAUCUUGAAAUUUUUGAAAAUGGGAAACAUUAGCCGGGAUAUCAUUCCCCAUCACAUUAACCUUUCAGCUGUCACUGUGGAAGAUUAUCAUUUGGUGUAUGACAUCAUUCAAAAAGUGAAGGAAGAGGAGUUUGCUGUUCUUCAUCUCAACUCCUGUCAGAUUGAGGACGAGCUAAAUAAAGCUGUGCAGGGCACUGGAUUGGCUUUCAUUGCCUUUACAGAAGCCAUGACUCAUUUCCCGGCAUCUCCCUUCUGGUCAGUGAUGUUUUUCCUCAUGCUGAUAAAUCUCGGGCUUGGCAGCAUGUUUGGAACCAUUGAAGGGAUCAUCACACCUAUCGUGGACACGUUCAAAGUGAGGAAGGAAAUACUCACUGUUAUCUGUUGCCUCCUAGCAUUUUGUAUCGGCCUGAUAUUUGUGCAGCGCUCUGGAAACUACUUUGUCACAAUGUUUGAUGAUUAUUCUGCCACAUUGCCUCUGCUAAUUGUGGUCAUCUUGGAGAACAUUGCCGUAAGCUUUGUUUAUGGCAUAGAUAAGUAA